GCAUACAAUACUAAAACAAAAUAUGUAUCAGAAAAGGCAGCUCUUGGCAAUCAUAUAAUGUCCAGUCUGAAAAUAGAACACAAAAUCAUAAAGCAGAAAAUAAAAACAGAGAAAGCAGGAAGUGGAAAGUGAAGCAGGAAGUAGAAACACAAAUGAAUCUGAGUGGCGAAAAAGACAGCGCCGGCUAGAGUUUGGGUGGAGUUGUUACAGGGACUGAUGAGUGCACAAGAAUGAAUGGCUCACAUCAGCGUAGGCUCCGUGCGUAGGUCGCCGCAGUACUCUAAACGAGCCUUUAUUAAAGCAGUCAACAUCAGACGCAGGUGGCCACUUGCGCUCGAGUCGUCUUCGUGAGCUCGGCCGGUGUUAAAAUGGUGUUAACGGGCCGUAAUCUGGCUGAGACAGAGAGGCACGGUUAUCCGGUGGAGUCCAUGGGGAGAUCAGUUUGCUCUCGCUGCUGUUGUUGGUCGCUUGGCUUCUUAAAGAGGCUAGUUUAGCUAGCUUCUGUUGGUGCGCCGGAGACUGCGCUCGACCUUGGGGACGCUGUCAUGGAUUUGACCCGGUUGGCUGUGGAUGCAGGUCAGCUCAUCAACCGAGCUGUGCAGUAUACGGGGGAGACUCUUGGCCAGGCCGACAAGACUGAGCUGGACCCCGGGCUGGAGGAGCUCCUGGCCCGGGUAGACGCCACCAAGACAUGGACGGACCAGAUAAUCUCCCAGACUGAGGUUUUACUGCAGCCAAGCCCUGGAGCACGGUUAGAGGACCGGCUGUACGAGCAGCUAGAGUGGAGUGUCCCACCCCGGCCUCGUACCAACGAGUUACUGGGAGACCAAAUGAUCCAGGCCGGGCUGGAAAUAGGCUCCAACAGCCCCUAUGGAACCGCACUUGUGAAGUGUGGAGAGGCUCAGAGGCAGCUAGGCGAGGCCGAGAGGAAGUUCGUCCAGAGCACUAACAUUCAUUAUCUCACUCCUCUGCGGAGCUUCACCGAGGGGGAGUACAGAACCAUGCAGAAUGAGCGUAAGAUGCUGGUGAAUAAGCGUUUGGACUUGGACAUAGCUAAAACCAGGCUGAGGAAAGCCCACGAGGCCGACAGAGAGGCCAGAAAUCUGAACGCAAACCCUCUGGAUGUAGACUACGUGUCUCACGUCUCCUACAUGUUCAGCUUCCUGCGUGUUAAGUGGCUAAAGGCAUGGGCUCAGGAAAUCUCUCAGGCAGAGAUGGAGCUGAGGAUUUGUCAGAGUCUUUUCGAUCGGCAGUCAGAAAUUACAAGAGAAGUUCUGCGAGGGAUCAGCAACACUCACGCCAACCACAUGCGCAGUCUGACUGACUUCGUGGAGGCUCAGGCCUGUUAUUUUGCUCAGUGCAACCAACAUACUCAGGAGCUUCAGAAACAGCUGGCCAGCAUUCCAGCGGUCCUCUGCUCCAAUAACUGGCAGUCGGCAAUUAAUAAUGCUGUUAAUCAACCGUCAACCAGCAGCCAUGUCGCUAACGAGCCCGUCGAGUUAAAUCAGGUCACUCCGAUGCCCGUGGUCGUCCACCAGCUUCCAGACUUCGACCAAGACUCGUGGACUGUAAAUCAGCCGCCAGGGACUAAAGGGAACACAACAGAUUCCUCUUUAACUGCACUGCCAACCGAGCAGACAAAUAACAACAAUAAUAACAACAGUCAGGGAGCCACCGACCGUUCGGAAAUCCCCAGCCAGUCAUCUGCCAAUCAAGCGUCUGAUCGUGUUUGUACAUCAGACCUGAUAGAUGAUAUCCAAGCCCCCAGUGGAACAAGUGACACUGCUCCAGUAGCCAACGGUGCACGCAGUGUAACGACAUCAUCACCUCCCCUACAUUCACAGCCAAAUUCAACCUCAGCUGAGUCUCAUCCCUCGGCUACACUACCUGUUGACACCGCGUCAGCCAACGGUGUCAAUGCCGAGCUCCAAACCACGAAUGAAACUAGCGAGCGGCCCGUGAUUAACGGAGAAGAUGUCCAGGAUUCUCCAUCGAGUGGUCAGGAUGUGACUUCAGCUGACGUAGACGAGAGCUAACUGCCGUUUUGAACCCAAGAAUGCGGGCUGUGUUAGAGAGCCAUACACACGGCUUUAAUUAAUCCCAUAGUGAAGAUAAUGUGAAGUGGUCGUAAAAGUGCUUAUUUUUCUAAACAUGAUCUAGUGCCACAAUGAUUUUAGCCUUUAGUCAUACUCAUUCGUUAUUCACGUAGUGGGGCAAUGAUGGCUGUUCAUUACCAGUCCCCAUUUGUGGCAGAAGAUUUAACAUUUGCAUUGUGUGUAAACUUUCUGGCUUCAGGCCGGGGAGGUUGGCUGACUGUUUCUUUUCAGUCUGUGUCUCUGAAGCAAUAUCUUUUUUAUUUCACACAGAGCUAAUAAUUGUGCCAAGUAUGUGUGUAUCUGUUGGUGUGAAUACAUGGAUUUAUGUGUCUCCGAUAGGUCUUUACUUCCAACGGGGAAUCGGUUAGGAUCUCGUUUAUAGCCAAAUUUUGUGGGAUCUGAAGAAGAAGCAUGAUGACAUUAAAACAUACGGAAGAGUAUUAAGGCCAUCCAUGAGAAAGCAAUCAGAGGAGUUUUGUUUUGUUUUUUCAUCAUGCACUUUGAGAAAAAAGUUGAUAUUUUUCUCAAAAUAUCGAGUGCAUUUUCAAAAUUUCAACUUUUUUAAAAGAAUAAUAAAAUUUUUUCUUCUCAUGGAUGGCCCUAAAACUCUUCUGUAAAAAAAUAAAAUUAGCGGAGGUAGAUUUUUUUUUCAACAUGCACUUUGAGAAAACAAGACCAAAUUUCGAGAAAAACGUCAAAAUACAAACAUUUUUAAUUCUUAAUAUUAACUAUUAAUUAAGCCUUAAUGUUCUUCCACAGAGUAUCGGCAGUACCAUACGCAUGCCGUACUGCUGGUUUGAAGGUCAACGUUAUUACAAUGUAUUUUGACUAUUUUCUCGAAAUUUCGUCUUUUUUUUCUCAAAAGUUUUACAUUUUCUCUCGAAAGUACAUGAUAAAAAAAAUCUACCUCCUCUUUUUUUUCUUAUGGAUCGCCAUAAUUCUCUUCCGUAAAAACAAAAAGCAAAAUAGAGAAGAAGUUUGUUACAUGUACAAAGAAGCAAAUUUUCUGAUUUCAGGUGAAGUAAAUUGUUUUGUGUUAAUGUGCGCAAUCGAGAACCAAACCGGUUCUCUGUCUAGGUCUAAAAGCUCUAUCCAUGUCUGUCGGUGACCCUUGUGCACUCGUGUUUACAGUUCUGUGACACCUUUGAAAAGACGUGUAUGUAUAUCUAUGUAUGUAAGUAAGUAUACUUAAGUGACUUCAAGGUGAGAUCAUUUUCCAUGUGAAACACAUCGUCACAGCUGUUUACGUGUGUGUGUGUGUGUGUUGGGGAGCCCGUAGAGGUGACAGCGAGCCAAGUUGAACGGGACCUUUAUGCUUCUUCAUACGCACUCAGGGUGUUUCCUCAAAUCACGUACUCAUUUUUCACCCCCUUAUAGCCCCCAUUUAGUGAAAUGGGUAGAAGUUUCCAUGUCCAGAUGUUGUUCAUUUUCUUCACGUGGGCAGACCUGCUCUACUGUGAUGUGUGUCCACUCUGGGGACGAUGGAUGUAAAACACAUACACGUUAAUGUAGUACUGGCCAUACUGAUGUAAUCAGUCACCAGCUCAAUGCUUUCAUCGUAAAGAUGUGUGUGUGUAAUUGCUGCCAGUUUUAAAACUGCGCAUACAUUAUACAGUCAUGAUUCACUCACGUGUUGUUGAGCUGAUGUCAGCGCGAGGUUUUAGCUUUCGCUUGCUUCGUGUGAAGAUGUGGAAAUAAACAUGCCAACAGUGAUGUCACUACGAA